AUGAUUCCUGGGCGCUCGCGGCUGACGUUCGGGCCCGAGCUGCUCCAGGGCCGGGAGGUCACGAUGUGUUGUGCAUCCAGCCGCCCCGUCCAAGUGUGCGUCCGGCAGCACUCCCUGGCAGAACCCAACUUGAGCCCGGCGCUCGAGCUGGCGAAACGCGCUGCGGACUUCUUCCAACUCGGCCCCUUCGUGGCCCCGCCAGGCCCUUACGGCAGCCACCCACGCAGCUACAGUCGCUGCAAGACCGCGAGGCCCGUGCAUGAGUUGGCAGGGGGGAGUGACAACCAAAAGUGCGCCACCUUCCGCCGGCUGCUUCCGGCCUCGACGACGUACCUGCGGGCGGAGGCCGUGCCCGUCGCUGAGGGCUGGCGGCUGAGCUCCCUCAUCGGCGUCUGGAACCGGACCACGGAGAGCGAGGAAGACGGCGAGGACUUUUCGUGCGACGUGAUGCACAAGGACACUUUCAGGCGCCGGAGGCCGCUGGUCAUCGUUGCUGCGAUCCUCGCGACGCUGUUCUCGGAGAAACUCGCGCACAGCCAGCCCGCGCGCGUGGCGCUGCUGGCACUGGCCGGCUUCGGGGUUGUUUGCGUCGGGGCGAUGUUCGCCCUACUGGUCAUCGUCGCCCUCAUCUUCUGCAAGCUCGCGCUCCAAAAGGGCAGGAAUAUCAUGGCAGUGGCGUUCGCGCCGAGGGAUCUAGCGGCGAUGCAUCUCGGGGGCGUGUCGCGGACCGCUAUGUUGAGCACCGUGGUGGGCUGCGCCGUCACUGUCUCCGGUGUCGGCGGGCAGGUGUUGCAAAUGUUCAUGAACACCACACAAGGUGUCGGCGUUUUCGCCAACGUGCUGAGCUUCGUGGGCUUUGCCACCAUGGAAGGCGUGGACGACGGGCUGCAGCUCCACGACUACAUCGACUACUUCUUGGAGCGGCCCGUGGCGUCCUUCUUCUUGCUCAGCACUGUCAUCGGGAUUUUCGCCGCGGCAGCUUGGUUCGAGGCCCAGCAGGGCGACUGGAAGAUCAUUUGUUCCGAGUUCACUCUCUGCUUCCUGGCCAUUUUCGGCAAUUUCUUCUUCGGGCCAUCCGACCGCGUCGUCGGCGCGGCUCUGGGGGCAGUGUUCGCCCUCGUGCCGCUCGUGCGCUGGCGGUCGGCGGAGCGCACGGGCGCACCAGGGGGUGGCAGCGACGACGACGACGACGACGAUGACGACGACGACGAAGAUGGCGGCGGCGACGAUGGCGGCGACCGGACGCCCGUUCUGCUUAUUCCGCGCCACGAUGUCUACGUGGAGAACCCGCUCACGGGCAGAGCUAUCAAGGUUGGUGCAGGUACGCAUAAGAAGCUGGUGCAGGACGGCUGGGUCCUUCACAGCAACGGCAAGUGGACGAGGCCACAAGGCACACCGCAGGGUCGCGCGGCGACCCCGCGGAAGCUCCGCCUCGAUUAG